AUGGCAUUCGAUAAUAUUGACCUUGAGAAGGUGAAAUUCCCCCAUGAUGACCCCUUAGUAAUCACUCCAGUCAUUGGAAACUCGUCUGUAAAGAGAGUGCUGGUUGAUAAUGGAGCCUCGGUGGAUAUCUUGUUCUAUGAUGCCUAUGAAAAGAUGGGAUACUCCGAUACUCAACUAACACCCUCGGAUAUGCCUAUAUAUGGCUUCAAUAAUGUGGAAACCAAGAUUGAAGGCAUGAUCCAACUUCCUGUAACCAUGGGUACCGAACCUAGACAAGCCACGUGUAUGGUAAAUUUCCUGGUCGUUAAAGCCUCAUCAACCUAUAAUGCCAUCCUUGGGAGGACUGAAUAUAUGCUUUUAAGGCAAUCCCGUCACUUAUCACAUGAAGAUUAA